AGUGAUGGUACUGUUUAAUACUUACCAUUGGUUUCUCCUAUUACUCAAACGCUUCAUGAACUUUUUCAUGAGCGGUGGCAUGUGACACAUUUGGGAAGAUUUACAAGGAUAUCAGGAGCAACCCGCAAAGAAGAGUGAUGCGCACAGUCCAGUGGAAGCAGAGGGAUGCGCUGCGCAUUUCUCCUGCUAACAAGUGCAUACAGGACAAAACAACCGUAAUUGGAGAGUGUUGUCCUCACUUACUAAAAAGCCUCACGAUUAAGAAAACGUCCUCUGCAUCACGAGCAAGAAGAGUCAGAAUUGCUGCAUGCAAGGGAAUAGAUACUCCUGAACGGACGAAGAUGAUUGGAAGAAACAUUAGCAGUAGCACAUGAGUUUGUGACACGUCUUUUCCUCCUGAAACCUUGACAUGCAGCACAGCACACCUUCACACUGCAUGAUAGCGUUGUCUCGUGUUAUGCUAAGGAAAUUGCAACAACGAAGAGUGCUUGGCACACGUUUUUUUAAGGAUAUUGAGGGUGUGAUUGCAGGAAAUUUCACUCACCACUAUCACCGACGGACAACGCGGUUCGCAAGUUUGUAUGUCUGUUGUGGAAGUUCUUCAGCAGCUCCGGACAACGGGAUUGUUCAAUUAGUUGCAUCAGGUCGACAGAAAUACAGAGGGAGAGACUUACCAACAGCGUAAAGCGGAAUAUCCCAAAGCGAUCAUCUCAGGAGAGAACGGGGGAGGACACAGAAUGCAGGCAGCAUGGAACAGGUGAAGGAGCAGCGGCCCUUCUGCUCGCUCUCCAAGAGCCAGAGAGACCGGGAGAGAAACCACGAAAGGGAGCGGGAUCUGGAGCUGCGUUACACCGCAUCAUCGACAGACAGAGAAGGGGCUUGCCGGGUGCCUACACAGAAGUCCUACAGCUCUAGCGAGACGCUGCAGGCCUACGACCAUGACCCCGCCCGGCUGCUAUUCUCAGGCCGAGUCAAGGAGAAGGCCUAUCAGGAGACCAGUGACUACGGCAGGCCUGGACAGGGCUUCUCGCUGAGGCAACUUGGGAUAUGUGAGCCUUCCACACGCAGAGGCCUGGCCCUCUGCCCUGAAACGGGCCUCUCACACCCCCUUGGUCGCUACUCCAAAAGAACUGUCCCCACAGAAAAUCAUGAGCCCACAUCCCCGGAACGUACCAUGGCUCUCUGGGGAAGGGGUGCCAAGUCAGGCCAAAGCUCGUGCCUGUCUAGUCGCUCCAACUCAGCCCUUACCAUCACAGACACGGAAAUUGACAAUAAGUCGGACAACGAAAUCGGAGACCAACUGUCCAGUCAACAAGGCCAGCCUCCUCUACCACCAGCUCCGCCCACUCACCACAAACAGCACCCGUCGAUUACAUCGUUGAGCCGCGGCUCGCUGGCCAAUCAACGGAGCCUGAGCCCGCCUCCCUCGGCUGGCCUGGUGGCUGAGUUGCAGAGCACAGCUGAAUGUGUCCAGCUACAGGACAGCUGGGUCCUGGACAGCAAUGUGGCCCUGGAGAGCAGACACUUCCUCUUUAAAACGGGCACAGAAACAACCCCUUUCUUUAGCACAGCAACCCCAGGUUACACCAUGGCAACAGGGGCAGCGUACUCCACACCGGCACGUCCCCUACCCAGAAACACCCUCUCUGGAGGGGCUUUCAAGUUUAAAAAAUCCCCCAAGCACUGUUCCUGGAGGUGCACCGCCCUGAGUGCAGUGGGCGUGGCUGUCCUGCUGUCAAUCAUCCUCUGCUAUUGUAUAGCAAUGCACUUUUUCGGCCUCAACUGGCAACUUCAAGAAACAGAAAACCAACCCGCAUUUGAGAACGGAGAGGUGAAGGCUUUGCCCACUCAACCGAGCAUACUGACAGUACUCUCAGAUGACUAUGGCAGGAAUGGUGCGGCCCAUCAGGAAAACAGCUCCGUUGACACCGGGCAAGUGGAGGUGGGCAGGAGGGUCGGUCAGGGAAUACCGCCAGGAGUGUUCUGGCGCUCUCGGCUGGCUAUGGAACAGCCGCGCUUCCUCAAGUUCAACAUCUCUGUUCAGAAGAACGCACUGGUUGGGGUCUAUGGGAGGAAGGGUAUCCCACCAUCUCACACACAGUAUGACUUUGUGGAGCUGCUGGAUGGCAGCAGACUCAUUGCCAAAGAGAUGCGGGAUUCCACGGAGCCGGAAGCCAGGGGCCAGAUGGAGCACCAGAUCAGCCUUCACCAAGCUGGCUUCAUCCAGUACCUGGACUCUGGGGUGUGGCAUCUGGCCUUCUACAAUGAUGGGAAGAGCCCGGAGACAGUAUCAUACAACACCAUCAUCCUAGAGUCAGUUAUGGAGUGCUCACACAACUGUUAUGGAAACGGUGAAUGUGUGUCGGGCUCAUGUCACUGUUUCCCAAGGUUCAGUGGACCAUACUGCUCAAGAGCUGCCUGUCCCAUCCUAUGCAGUGGCAACGGCCAGUACACAAGGGGGCGCUGUCAAUGCUACAGUGGAUGGAAGGGCACAGAGUGUGAUGUGCCUGCUACUCAGUGUGUGGACCCCCAAUGUGGCGGUCAUGGGAUCUGUGUGAUGGGUAACUGUGUGUGCAAUGCCGGCCACAAGGGAAGCCACUGUCACCAAGUGGACUGUCUGGACCCGACCUGCUCGGGCCACGGAGCCUGCCACCACGGUGAAUGCCACUGUAACCCGGGCUGGGGCGGAAUGGACUGUGCGAUCCUGAGAAGCACGUGUCCUGAACAGUGCUCCAGCCACGGAACUUUCCACACCGAGACGGGAACCUGCAUCUGUGAGGCUAACUGGACAGGCUCCGACUGCUCUGUAGAGAUGUGCACGGUGGAUUGCGGCCCCCACGGAGCAUGUGUCAGUGGGACGUGUCACUGUGAGGAAGGAUCGGCAGGCUCAGAGUGCGACCAGAGGGACUGUCACCCACGCUGUACAGAUCAUGGCGUCUGCCGAGAAGGCAAAUGUGACUGUCACCAGGGCUGGACAGGAGAGCACUGCACUAUUGCUCUGGAUUCAAGAGUAUCAGGAGCGGUCAAGAUAGGAUAUAAAGAUGGGUGCCCUGGGCUGUGCAACAGCAAUGGGAGGUGCAUUCUGGACCAAGCCGGGUGGCGCUGCAUCUGCCAAUCAGGAUGGAGAGGGCUAGGAUGUGAUGUUGCCACGGAGACCUUCUGCUCAGAUGGAAAGGACAACGAGAGGGAUGGACUAGUGGACUGUAUGGACCCAGACUGCUGUUCGCAGAGCUCCUGCCAGGGCCAGCCCUACUGCCGCGGAUCCCCAGAUCCCACAAGCAUCGUGAGCCAAGGUCAAGGCUCCUCCUCCACUCAGUCGGCCCCCAGGGGCUUCUACGAGCGCAUCAGCUUCCUGGUUGGGCAUGGCGGUAGUCACGUGAUACCUGGGGACAACCCUUUCAACAGCAGCCUGGCGUCAAUUAUCCGGGGUCAAGUACUGACGGGAGACGGGACGCCCCUCAUCGGCGUCAACGUGUCCUUCCGGGACUACCCUGAGUAUGGCUACACCGUGACACGCCAGGACGGGAUGUUUGACUUGUUGGCCAAUGGUGGUGCCUCGCUGACCCUGAGUUUGAAACGUGAUCCUUUUCCCACACUGCACCGCACUGUUUGGUUGCCCUGGAAGGUGUUCCAUGUGAUGGACACGGUGAUGAUGAAGAGGGAGAACAACAACAUCCCCAGCUGUCACCUCAUUGGACUGCUCAGGCCCAGCCCCCUCAUCCUGGCCUCCCCCCUGUCCACCUUCUACAGGAGUUCUCCUAAGGACAGCCCCAUCAUCCCUGAGACCCAGGUCCUCCAUGAGGAUGUGGCCAUACCCGGAAGUGACCUCAAUCUGGUUUACCUGAGCUCCCGCACAUCCGGCUACAAGCCCAUCCUCAAAGUCCUCAUGACCCAAGAACGACUCCCGUUCGGACUAAUGAAGGUCCAUCUGAAGGUUGCUGUCAUGGGCAGAUUGUUCCAGAAAUCGUUACCUGCCUUUCCAGACCUUUCGUACACAUUCGUCUGGGACAAGACGGACGCCUACAACCAGAAGGUCUACGGCUUGUCAGAGGCGAUAGUGUCUGUGGGAUAUGAGUAUGAAUCUUGCCUGGAUGUGAUCCUCUGGGAGAAGAGGACAGCCAUUUUACAAGGUUAUGAACUGGAUGCCUCUAACAUGGGGGGAUGGAUGUUGGACAAGCACCAUGUAUUGGACAUUCAAAAUGGUAUCCUCUACAAAGGCAGCGGUGAGAACCAAUUCAUCUCGCUGCAGCCGCCCGUCAUCUCUACAGUGAUGGGGAACGGUCGGCGCCGUAGCAUCUCGUGCCCCAGCUGCAACGGCCAGGCCCUGGGCAACAAGCUAUUGGCGCCCCUGGCUCUGGCGUGGGGCAUCGACGGCAGCCUCUACGUGGGCGAUUUCAACUACAUCCGACGCGUCUACCCGUCGGGCAAUGUCACCAGCGUCAUGGAGCUCAGAAAUAAAGAUUUUAGACACAGUAACAACCCUGCUCACCGCUAUUACUUGGCCACUGACCCGGUGACUGGGCAGCUGUAUGUGUCAGACACCUACUCACGGAGGAUCUACCGGCCCAAGGUCCUGACGGGGAUCAAGGAACUUCAGAGUAACGCAGAGGUGGUGGCAGGGACCGGGGAGCACUGUCUGCCAUUUGACGAGACCCACUGUGGGGAUGGAGCCAAGGCCACGGAUGCCCUGCUCACUGGGCCAAAAGGUAUCGCUGUGGACAAGAAUGGACUGAUAUACUUUGUGGACGGCACCACAAUCCGGAGAGUUGACCAACACGGCAUCAUAUCCACCCUCCUGGGCUCCAACGACCUCACGUCGGCACGCCCCCUUACCUGUGACAUCAGCAUGGAAAUCAAUCAGGUGCUCCUGGAGUGGCCCACCGACCUAGCAGUCAGCCCCAUGGAUAACUCCCUGUACAUCCUGGACAACAAUGUAAUCCUACGAAUCACUGAGAACGGCCAGGUCAGCAUUGCAGCGGGCCGGCCCAUCCACUGCCCGUUGGCCGGGAUGGACCGCGGGGCGGCCGGAGGUCAAAGGGCAGCGCUGACGCCCCUGGAGUCCGCCGUUGCAAUCGCCGUGUCCUACUACGGUGCCAUCUUCGUCGCCGAAACCGACGAACGGAAGCUUAGUCGAAUCCGAAUGAUAUCCAUCGACGGUGAAAUAACCCAUCUGGCAGGGUCGCCCUCUGACUGUGAUUGUAAGAACGACGUCAACUGCGACUGCUACCAGACCGGCGAGGGCUACGCUAAAGACGCUCGUCUCAACGUCCCAUCCUCUCUGGUUGUGGCGCCUGAUGGCACCCUGUACGUGGCAGACCUGGGCAACAUCCGCAUACGGGCUGUCGGUAGGAACGGGCCAGUGUUGACCUCUAACACCAACAACUUUGAGGUGGCGUCGCCUGAUGCCCAGGAAGUGUAUGUCUUUGACGCCAAUGGUACCCACCAACACACCACCAGCCUCCUGACGGGUGACUUUAAGUACACCUUCAGCUACAGCAUCGAGAACGACGUUACAGCUGUGACCGAUAGCAACGGGAACACCCUGAGGAUCCGCCGAGACCCCAACCGCAUGCCCGUGCGCAUAGUCGCCCCGGACAACCAGGUCAUCUGGCUGAUCAUGGGAACCAACGGUGGGCUAAAGACCUUGACUGCUCAGGGCCAGGAACUGGUGCUACUCACCUACCAUGGUAACACUGGCCUACUGGCUACCAAGACCUCUGAAAUUGGCUGGACCACAUUCUACGAGUAUGACAGCGAAGGCAGGAUAAUGAACGUGACAUUCCCCACGGGAACAGUGAAAACCCUGUACACCGAAAUCUACAAGGCCUUGACUGUGGACAUUGAGAGCUCCUUGACUGAAGAGGAAAUGAGUAUUACCACCAAUACCUCCACCAUCCGUGCCUUCUAUACACUGGCUCAGGAUCAAUGUAGAAGCAGUUAUCAGGUGGGCUAUGAUAACUCUCUGAGGAUCACCUAUGCCAACGGAAUGGACACCCACUACCAGACUGAGCCCCACAUCCUGGCGGGCACUGCCAACCCCACAGUGGCACGGCGCAACAUGAGUUUGCCAGGGGAGAGUGGGCAGAAUCUGGUUGAGUGGCGCUUCCGCAAGGAGCAGGCCAGGGGCAAAGUCAUCGUUUUUGGGCGUAAGCUAAGGGUGAACGGCCGGAACAUUCUGUCGGUUGAUUACGACCGUACGCUGAGGACGGAGAAGAUAUAUGACGACCACAGGAAGUUCCUGCUGAAGAUUAUCUAUGACGCCACUGGCCACCCUGUGCUGUGGGUGCCCAGCAGUAAGAUGCUGCCCGUGAACGUCAGCCUGAGCAGCAAUGGGCAGAUCAAUGCCCUCCAGAGGGGGCCGACCACGGAGCGGUUGGAGUAUGACAGUCAGGGACGCCUCGUGUCCAGAGUGUUUGCUGACGGGAAGAGGUGGAGUUACACCUAUCUGGACAAGUCGAUGGUGCUCCUGCUCCACAGCCAGCGUCAGUACAUCUUCGACUUUGACUCUCAGGAUCGACUAUCUGCAGUCACCAUGCCCAGUGUGGCACGCUACACCAUGCAGACGGUCCGCUCGGUGGGCUACUACCGCAACCUCUUUCACCCACCCGACAGCAAUGCCUCUGUCGCUGUGGACUACAGCGAGGACGGCCUCCUCCAGCGAGUGGCGCACUUAGGCACGGGACGCCAGGUCCUCUACAAGUAUCGGCGACAGAACAAGCUAGCCGAAGUCCUGUAUGACAUCACGCGGGUCAGCUUCACCUAUGACGAGAUGGCGGGCGUGCUAAAGACGGUCAACCUGCAGAACGAGGGCUUUAUAUGUUCGAUCCGCUAUCGUCAAUUGGGCCCCUUGGUGGACCGGCAGAUCUUCCGCUUCAGCGAGGACGGCAUGGUCAACGCCCGCUUCGACUACACCUAUGACAGCAGCCUGCGCAUUACCAGCGUGCAGGGUGUCAUCAAUGAGACCCCACUGCCCAUCGACCUCUACCAGUUCGACGACAUAUCCGGCAAAGUCGAGCAGUUCGGCAAGUUUGGCGUCAUCUACUAUGACAUCAACCAGAUCAUUUCCACGGCUGUUAUGACCUACACCAAGCACUUUGACACCCACGGCCGGAUCAAGGAGAUUCAGUACGAGAUCUUCCGAUCCCUCAUGUACUGGAUCACUUUCCAGUACGACGACGCGGGGCGAUGUACCAAGAGGGAGAUCAAGAUCGGACCGUUUGCCAACACCACUAAGUACGGCUACGAGUAUGAUGUGGAUGGCCAGCUCCAGACAGUCUACCUCAAUGACAAGGUCAUGUGGCGCUACACCUACGACCUGAAUGGCAACCUCCACCUACUGAACCCAGGUAACGGUGCCCGCCUGCUCCCCCUGCGCUACGACCUCCGCGACCGCAUCACCCGCCUGGGAGACGUACAGUACCGCAUGGACGAGGAUGGCUUCCUCCGCCAGCGAGGUUCUGAGAUCUUUGAGUACAACUCCAAAGGCCUCCUGGCGCGCGUCUAUAGCAAGAGCAACAGCUGGAUCAUCCAGUACCGCUACGACGGCCUGGGCCGAAGGGUGUCCACCAAGGCCAGCCUGGGGCAGCACCUGCAAUACUUCUACGCAGACCUGAGCUACCCCAGCAGAAUCACCCACGUCUACAAUCACUCCAGCUCUGAGAUCACCUCAAUGUACUAUGACCUGCAGGGCCACCUGUUUGCCCAGGAGAUCAGCAGCGGAGAGGAGUACUACAUCGCCUGUGACAACACCGGAACCCCUCUUGCCGUAUUCACCAGCAACGGCCUCCUGAUUAAGCAGGUCCAGUACACGGCGUACGGGGAGAUCUACUUUGACUCCAACCCGGACUUUCAACUGGUGCUGGGGUUCCACGGGGGACUCUAUGAUCCGCUGACCAAAUUGUUGCAUUUUGGUGAGAGGGACUAUGACAUUAUGCCCGGCAGGUGGACUGUGCCUGACAUCAGCACGUGGAAACGAGUGGGGAAAGAGCCAGGUCCUUUUAAUCUCUAUAUGUUCAGAAACAACAACCCCAUCAGCAAAGUACAUGAAGUGAGAGAAUAUGUGGCAGAUGUGAAUAGCUGGCUAGUGACCUUUGGGUUCCAUCUACACAACACCAUUCCUGGCUUCCCAGUCCCAAAGUUUGACCUGACCCACCCCUCCUAUGAACUGAAGAAGAGCCAGCUUUGGGACGAUCUACCGUCCAUCUCUGGGGUCCAGCAGGAAGUUACCAGACAAGCGCAUGCCCUUCUGUCAUUUGAGCGGCUGCCGGAGGUCCAUGCGGGCCGAGGACGUCGAGGUGAGAAGCCCUGGUUCUGGUUUUCAGCCGCCCAGUCCCCUAUCGGGAGGGCUGUCAUGUUCGCCAUCUACAAGGGCACUGCCCACACUCACACGCUCAAUGUGGCCAACGAGGACUGCAUCAAGGUUGCCACAGUCCUCAACAAUGCCUUCUACCUGGAAAACCUGCACUUCACCGUGGAAGGCCGUGACACUCACUACUUCGUCAAGCCGGGCCUGCCUGACGGUGAUCUUGCUGCUCUGCGCCUCACCAGCGGCCAUAAGACCCUGGAGAAUGGCGUCAACAUCAGCGUGUCCCAGUCCACCACGGUCAUGGACAGCCGGACGCGUCGCUUCGCAGACGUGGAGUUGGGUUGUGGGCCACUAGCGCUGCACGUGCGCUAUGGCUCCACGGUGGAUGAGGAAAAGGCCCGCGUGCUUGAGUUGGCCCGCCAGAGGGCGUUAGUGAGUGCGUGGGCCAACGAACAGCAGAGGGUGAGUGACGGCGAGGAGGGCGUCCGCCCAUGGACGGAGGGAGAGAAGAGGCAGCUUCUGAGCAGUGGGAAAGUGCAGGGGUACGACGGGUAUUACGUACUUUCCAUCGAGCUAUACCCGGAGUUAGCGGACAGUGCGAAAAACAUUCAGCUCCUACGGCAAAGUGAAAUAGGGAAAAGGUAACAAACUGCUGUGCACUCGCUGCCAAAAAGACGUUGAACGGCCUGCUUCAAUAGAGGAGUGGUGAUGGUAGGAACGAAAGCAACAAUAGUGGCAUGGCCAAAGAGUACUAUGGCUAUGUCCUAGUAAGUGUGUGUUUUUGAAAAAUCAUAUGGGAUCGAAAGCAAUGCUGUGCAAUGCUGUUUAACAGGGGACUACUACAGAGUAAAUGUACAACUACGCCAAGCCUUAUAUGGGCAGUGACAAAAUGUACCUCUGUAGCACAAUCUCUGAUUGGACUAUGAGCUCUCAACCAGGAGCCAGGAGAAAUAGAGGUGUUUUGGGCAAAAGUUAAAUAUUAUUAUUAUUAUUUUAAUUUUUUGUUUUUUCAAAAUGUUGUCUGCUUAAAAUUUUAAAAAAGUAUUUAAAGGUGAAAUUAAAUGUUUACAUACAGUGCACAUAUCUGGAAAUGUUUUACUCUUAAUUAGGUCCAUUACCAGAUGUUUGUCUUAAAGUAACUGUCCAGUACAAAUCUCACUUUUAAAAUGCAUAUUCUGUUAACUCAUACCCAAAUAAUGUUCUUGACUCGUCCUAUAUUAGUAUUUGUGGCAAAAGCAUAAAUUAGAGAAAAAACACUUAAAAACCCUACCUCAAACUUGUAUCUCAAACAGAGCGUUUAAAAAUGCUUACUAUUUCCUCAUAGAGUAUGGUGUCUGCGGUCUAGAGGAGAAUGAGCUACUCGCAUGAAUGUUUUUAAUGACUUGUAUAUGCCCAUACCAUUUUGUUGCAGUAUGCCCACACCAUUCCAACACAGAAAAACUGCUUUUUAACAUAUUGUAUGUAAUUAUAGGUAAUCUUUCAUAAAAAUCUGUAUAAAAAAUAAAUACAUAUUAUUCAAGCUUUAUUUAACUAGGCAAGUCAGUUAAUAACAAAUUCUUAUUUACAAUGAUAGCCUACUGGAAACAAUGGACAUUUACUUUAAAUCAAUGACCUUUCAUUUUGCGGUUCCCUCUCACUCAUGACCAUCACACGUACAGUACAUGCCGGAAUUGAGAAGCAGUGCUUUUGAUAAACUCAUGCCUAUUCCCCUUUGGUUUACUUUUUUUUUUUAAAGACAUCGUAACAACGUACAUGUUUUAAUACACAAAAUAUUUGUUUUGCAAAUCAGACUUUGUCUUGGUUUUGGGAUCAGGGCAAAAGGUAUGAAGUAAGUACAAGACUGGAUCAGAUACGAGUCUCGUCUGAGCACAGUAACACCGUGUCUAGUCAAUUCUGCAAGAAUUGUAUUGUUUUGUAUUCAGUAGUUAGGUUUCCAUCCAAUUGGCAACAGAUUUUCAUGCGAAUAUUCAAAAAUCUGCAUAAAGAAAAUGCAUUUUCUCACCAGUGGUGUUUUUCCACCAAGAUGACUUGUUGAGGAUAAAAAUCUGUGCGCGAUGACGUAGUGCACAUAAUGUACUUUUUCGCUUCAGUUUUCAUGUACCAAAUAAACAUCUGUUGUUCAAUGUGUUUCCAUCGCAUUUUGUCACAAACUGUUGCGUUAAAAUAGCAAAUGAGCCCACUUUGGUCUUGGCAAGUAGUAGGCCCUGUAGGUAGUUUAGUCUACAUGAUGAGAUUAUUUUGGGUAAGAGCAAGAAUGUCUUUAUUUGUCAAAUGGCAGUCGAGCAUCGAUCAUCAUGUCACUAGAAUAAGACCCUCGACAUCUAUUGGAAAGGAGCGUCAAGCUCAUAACGUGCACUUUCACGACCCUGUGAAGUUCACCAUCAUUUAUUUCAUCUGUAGCCUAAUAAACUGCAUGUCGUAAUGGAAGGACCACACACCAUUGCAUUGUUUGACUCCCAAGUUUACUUCAUUGUGACUGUUAUUAUAUCCAUAUUUGUGCGUAUAGGCGUUUCCACUGCCACUUCUCACAUAAUUAAUCUUAACGACAAAUGUCGAACCAACAAUUAUCUCUCGGGAUUUAUAAAAUUGUACCGAAACUUCCUGUUUCCAUCACAGCUGUCGUGAUAUCAUUUUUAUACAGUAUGACUUUACUUGCAUAAAAACUGUGGAUGGAAACGUUGUUUAUGGACCUCUACAGGAUCGUCCCCCCCAACAUUAGCUAACGUAGGCUAAUGUGAUUAGCAUGAGGUUGUAAGUAACAAGAACAUUUCCAAGGACAUAGACAUAUCUGAUAAGGGCAGAAACCUUAAAUACUUGUUAAUCUAACUGCACUGUCCAAUUUACAGUAGCUAUUACAGUGAAAGAAUACUAUGCUAUUGUUUGAGGAAAGUGCACAGUUAUGAAAUUGAACAUGUAUUAAUAAACUAAUUAGGCACAUUUGGGCAGUCUUGAUACAACAUUUUGACCAGAAAUGCAAUGAUUCAUUGAUUGUCUAAAACUUUGCACAUAGACUGCUUCCAUCUAGUGGCCAAAAUCUAAAUAGUGCCUAGAUUCCUAAGUCAUAUAUUGGGCUUUCUCUUGCAUUUCAAAGAUGACAACUUUUCUUUUUUUAAACGCAUGUUUUUUUCUUUGUAUUAUCUUUUACCGGAUCUAUUGUGUUAUAUUCUCCUAAAUUAGUUUCACAUUUCCACAAACUACAAAGUGUUUCGUUUCAAAUGGUAUCAAGAAUAUGCAUACACUUGCUUCAGGUCCUGAGCUACCAGUAGUCAGAUUUUGGUAUGUGAUUUUAAGCCAAUAUUUUUUUUAAAAAGGGUCCGAUCCUUAAAAAUUGAUUAACUGGCCAUUUGAAUGUUAGUCUCAUAACAAGUCAUUUAUGUUGUUUGUACAUUGCAAAUAAAAUGGAAAGCAUGUAUUAUAUUCAUCACUGAUGUUACAAAGGAAAGGUUGAUAUUCCAUUAUAAAAACUGCAAGAUUUUGUAGAAUAAAAGUAUAAAAUAUCCUGUCCAGAAACAGUAUAUAUUUUUUUGUAAAAACUGAAUACGUGUAAAGAUGGUUAGAGUAUCACUAUAUAAAUAUUGUCUCCUCUAAGUCUAAUGUUGAUCACGCAUGAUGCCACGUGACUUAGCCUCUGUCCAAUAAAUAUUUAAUGAACUUAAAAAAAUUCAUAAAUGCAUAUCACCUAAACAAGUUUGUCCAAUUAUAGAACCGAUACGUGUUCUUAGCAGCUAUUAUCAUAACGCGUUUUCAAAACAUUUUUGUACAUUUUUUCAAGUCAGCCAUUUUCAUUUGUCAUUUGGUUUUAAAAUCUUUUGCCUUUUUCUUAAAAAUACCUGGUAAAUCCUUGGAAGGUGGUUGGGUAAAGCAAAGAGAAUAUCAAAUGUUCUGUAAUGAAUGUGUUUACAAAGCGUUCAACAUGACCUUAAUUUCCCGUAUGUUGCUCUAAAAUGAUUAUGAAGACAUUCCAUCUGGGGAGCCAAGAAGGCCACAUACUGCUCCUCAUUGAAGUCAGCUGUUUGUAACACGUUUUACUUGAAUUGUGACUGAACCAAGUGUAACACACCAGGAUUUUAGACAGAUACCCCAAACACACGAUGCCUUUAUCCACUUCAGAAUCCUAGGGUUUUGGGGUUAAGCAAUCUUCUCACUUCUCUGUGUAAAAUUCUGAAUGGAACUUUGAAUUAGAUUUUGUAUUGUUAUAAUUGCUUGCUCUGCCCAAUUAUUAGAGUGUUGGUCAAAGCCUUAAGAGUUGUAUUUGAUGACACAGCAAAAACUCAAACACAUUUUAGGCUCAAGUAUAGGCCUACUCACAUAAUCAUAGGCACAACCCUUUGAAUAAUUCUUACAGUGAUACUCCAUUUCUCCUAAAUGUACAGGUUAUAUGCAGUACCCAGCCAAAUUUUAAGGAAGCAUAUGUAUACUCAAGACCAUGUAUUUGGACAGUGAAGCUAAAUACUCCUUUUGGAUUUGAGAUCAAAUGUUUCAUAUAAGGUGACAGUACAGAAAUUAUUAUUUUAUUCGGGGGCAUAUUCAUAAGUACAUGUAUCACCAUUUGGAAAUGAAAUAAUCGGAUGUAUCUAGUCCCCCAUAUGUGUUUGUUUUUCAUACGUGUUUGGACAAAUUCACUUUUAGUGUAUUAAAGUUGUCAAAAGUU